UUUGGUCGUUUUGGAUUCUCCAUGGGGUGCAGAAUUUAAACUGUCGUUUUCACUUUCAUAUUCACUUUCCUCUAGCGCUAUGGGAGAUGCAGACUUUGAACUUAAGCUGUAGGGACGUCGCCUUUUUGACCUCACAGCCUCAGCUGACAGUCUGCUGGUAGUUACCUUCACGGACAGUUAUGGCAGAUAUCAGCAAAACUGAAAAGGUCCAGCUGCACGCCCCUGGUUUAGAGGAACUGUGUGGUGUUUUACAAGCAGGACUGGAAAACAACUUUGCAGAAGUUCAGGUGAGUGUUGUGGAGUGUCCAGACCUCACCAAAGAGCCCUUCCAGUUUCCUGUCAAAGGGUUGUGUGGAAAGCCUCGUAUCACUGAUGUUGGCGGUGUGCCGUACCUGAUCCCCAUGGUUCAGAAGCACAAGGAAUACAACAUGAACACCGUAUCAAAGGAGCUGGAGCUUCCAGGAGCCUUCAUCCUCGGUGCAGCAGGCGCCGCAAGCAGAGUUGUUGGAAUGAAUGCAGAGCUGAUGCCUCUGGUUCUGACUGAAGCGGAGGGAAGGCCAGCAGUGAACAGCAGCUACUUCUCCUCCAUCAAUCCAGCUGAUGGCCAGUGUCUGCAAGAAAAAUACUGCCACAAAUUCUCUGACUGCAACUUUGGACUGCUGGGCAAUCUGUAUGCUUGUGAAGGGAAGUCUGGAAAGGUUUUAGAGGUGCGGGCCAAGAAGAGAACAGGAGGCCACAGUCUUGUGACAGCCUUGAGGAACACUCUUGAAGGUCACUACCCUGAUAAAAGCCUGGCUCUGGGAGGCACCUUCAUCAUCCAGAAAGGAAAAGCUAAAAUCCACAUCAUGCCAAGAGAGUUCUCGGCCUGCCCCCUCAACACUAACGACGAGGUAAACAACUGGCUCAAGCACUUUGAGGUCAGCGCCCCACUUAUCUGCCAGUCAGUGCUGGUAUCCAGAGACCCUGGUUUGGACCUGCGUGUAGAGCACACUCACUGCUUCAGCCACCACGGAGAAGGUGGCCACUACUACAUAGACACCACGCCUGACAGUGUGGAGUACCUGGGCUACUUCAUGCCUGCAGAGUUUGUCUACCGCAUUGACAGGCCAAAAGAGACUCAUGGUGUUGGACGAGAAUAAAAGAUGAAUGAAUGAUUGAAUCAUGUUUGCAGCAUCUGUGGAUAAUCUAAAAAUAAUCAAGCAGUUUGUGAUUUAUAUGACCUUCUAUGUCAUGUUACAAUGACAAUGCAGAAUUUCUUUCGAUUUUUGCCUUAAAAUCACAUCUAAACAUUCUUAUACAUUUCUUAUAAACAAAAUCAUAAACAUUUCAUGUAGUAAAACAAUGUUGAAUUUGCAA